AUGAAGAACGUUACUGCAACGAAGUACACAGUAAAUGACGUGAGUGCGGGAGGGAGCGGAUCUUGUCAGCCCGUGCUGCGGAGUCACACAAUGAAACUUUACUACAAGAUCGCUAUAGUGGUCGGCUGUCUGGUAGGUGGCCGCCUGUUGUUCUACCUGUUGCUGAACAUGUUCCCUGCCCAGCCUCCGCCUCGCCAAGGCGACGGCCGAGUUUGGCGGGUGGCGCAGGGGUUUCAGGGGCGACCAGUUACUCGCCACCCAGCCGCUUUUCGCUCGCCGCCUCGGCCGAUGUUCGACGAGCAGCCACGUCCCCUUCCAAAAAGGCGGAAAAAGCCAGUCCACGACAGGGAUCUUCAGGAGCCAAUAUUUCGCCUUCACAGGUGGAAAGGAGAAGAAUGGGUGCACUUAGCAGUGGUGGCCUGUGGGGAUCGGCUUGAAGAGACAAUGACAAUGCUGAAGUCGGCUAUACUAUUCAAUAUCUACAAGAUAAAAUUCCACAUCUUUGCUGAAGAUGUGCUCCACCCACAGUUUGAAAGCAGUAUUAAAGCCUGGCCUUAUUUAUACAAAUCACGCCUUGAAUACAGCCUCUACCCAAUCAACUUUUCAAUGGGAAAUCCUCAGGAAUGGAAAAAAUUAUUUAAGCCAUGUGCUGCACAGCGCCUUUUUCUUCCAAUGAUCCUGAAAGAUGUUGACUCUCUGCUAUAUGUUGACACUGAUGUUCUCUUUCUGAGACCAGUUGAUGAUGUCUGGAAGUUCCUGAGAUUGUUCAAUUCCACACAACUUGCAGCAAUGGCCCUGGAGCAUGAAAUACCAAAAAUUGGAUGGUACAGUCGGUUUGCACGUCAUCCGUAUUAUGGAGCAGCCGGAGUCAAUUCAGGAGUCAUGCUGAUGAAUCUUACUCGAAUGAGAAGUCAGCUGUUUAAGAAUAGUAUGAUUCCUACUGGCCUAAGAUGGGAAGAAUUACUGUAUCCUUUAUACCAUAAAUAUAAAAAUGCUAUCACAUGGGGAGACCAGGAUUUAUUAAAUAUAAUAUUUCAUUAUAAUCCAGAAUACCUAUACGUAUUUCCUUGUCAGUGGAAUUAUCGACCAGAUCAUUGUAUGUACGGGAGCAACUGUAGGGGAGCAGAAAACCAAGGGGUUUCCAUUCUCCAUGGAAACCGUGGAGUUUAUCAUAAUAAUAAACAGCCUGCCUUCAAAAUAAUGUAUGAGGCAAUACGCAAUUUUCCCUUUGAAGAAAAUUUAUUUCAGUCUCUAUAUUUCCCUCUUCAAAACAGUUUCCUGAACACAGUACACACUUUAUGUGGCAGACUUUCACAAGUAUUCUUGAAACAGCUUGAACAAGCUAUGAAAAAAGCAUAUGAGCUCCGUGUCAUUCAUAUAGGAUAACAAUCAAGGCAGAAAAUAUUUUUAUAUAAAGAAGAGGAAAAUACCUGCAGAUGCUGGAAAUCUGAAAUAAAAACGGAAAAUGCUGGAAAUAUUUGGUGGGUCAGGCAGUAUCAGCGGUAAGGAAAACAAAAUUAAAAAUUCAGGCUUUUGACCUUUCAUCAGUUCUAGCUCUUCUACUCUGCUGUUACUUGAUGAGCCAAUGUCUCACCUAAUUUCAUUGAAUGUUUCACCUAUAUUUUUAAAUAUUUGUCCUUUCAGUUAUCUAAUAUUUUGUACCAUGGAGAUGUCACCAUGCAUUUUGUCCAUUUUCAAUUGAUUAAUCUUUAUUUUCUUUCUGAACAAUAUAGUACAUAUAUGCAUUUGUCCAGCCCACAUUGCUUUUUCUCUUAACACGAUACAAGUUAUCAUGUUAUCCAAAUAAAUGAUUUUCCAGAGUAGUAUCCUUAUUUCCUCAUAUAAAAGCAUCCAGUAUGACCACAACAGGAGAGAAUUCUCACUUGGCCCAGGUGUACAGCCACCUUUGAAUUGAAUAUCUUUGUUCAGAACCAAACGUCAUUUUCAUCAUACAGUUCAAUCAUGCCCUUGAUGGCAUGGAUAUAUCUUGCCUGAUUACUAUUACUCUCAAGCAUUCAUAGGUUUGGACUGGGGGUACCUGUCUAGACCUUAUUCAGCAGAUAACAAUGUAAACCUUCCUGUAACUUCUGUGUAUUCCUUGAAUCAUCUGUAAUUUUACAAAAUAUAUGCACGGUAAUUUCCCUGGCACAAAUCCAUUACGGCUUUCUUCAUUGAGCACCACAGAACAUUGAACAGCACAGUCCAGGCCUUUGAAUGAUGUUGUACAACUUUUUAACCUUCCUGAAUUCAAUCUAAAGCUUCCCUCCCACAUAGCCUCCAUUUCUCUUUCUUUUAAAUUUCCCUAAUGUAUCCACUUCUACCACCAACCCCAGCAGUGCAAUUCAUACACUCACCAUGCUGAGCAAAAAAAGCUAACUCUGACAUACAGUAUCCACUGUAGUUUCCUCCAGUAUUCUUAAAAUGAAGUCCUCCAGUAUUAGUCAUUCCAUCCUGCAAUCAAAGCACUGCCUGUCCAUUCUAUCUGUGCCUUUUAUUAAUUUACAUAUCUUGAUCAAGUCACUUCUCAUCCUCUUUCACUCCAAAGAGAAAAGCCCUAGCUCACUCAGUCCUCAUAAGACAUGCUUUCUAAUCCAGGCAGCAUCCUGGUAAAUCUCUGUGCCCUCGCUAAAGCUUCCAGAUCCUUCCUAUAAUGAAGCAAGUAAAACAGAACACAAUACUCCACGUGUGCUCUAUACAGAGUGUUAUAGAACUACAACAUUACCUCAGGCUCUUGUACUCAAUCUCCACAUUAAUGAAGGCCAACACACUAUAUGCCUUCUUAACCAUGUUAUCAACUUGUGUGGCAACUUUAAGAGGUCUGUGGAUGUGGAUCCCAAAAUCCUGCUGUUCCUCCAUACUCCGAAGAAUCCUGUCAUUCACCUUGUACUCUGCCUUCAAGAUUGACCUUCUAAAAUCUAUCACUUCACUCUUUACAGAAUUGAAUUCCACUUGCCACUGCUCAGCCCAGCUCUGCGUCCUAUCAAUGUUCUGUUGUAACCUAUGGCAAACUCCUACACUAUCACAACACCACUAACCUUCAUGUCAUCUGCAAACUUACUAUCCGACCUUUCCGCUUCCUCAGUCAAGUUAUUCAUAAAAAUCACAGAGCAGGGGACCCAGAACAGAUCCCUGCCAAGCAACACUGGUCACCAAUCCCCAAACAGAAUAUGGUCCUCCUACUACCACCCUCUGCCUUCUGUGGGCAAGCCAAUUCUGAGUCCACGCUUCCUAGAUUCCAUGGAUUCCAUGUCUCUUGAUUUUCUGAAUGUUACUCUGCAUUUUAAGGGCAGGAGGCAGCAGAAAGGAAACUACAGACCUGUUAGCUUGACAUCAGAGGUUGGGAAGUUGUUGGAAUCAAUUGUUAGAGAUGAGAUUAUGGAAUACCUGGAGGCACAUGACAAGAUAAGCCAAAGCCAGCAUGGUUUCCUGAAAGGAAAAUCCUGCCUGACUAACCUUCUGCAAUUUUUUGAGGAAAUUACAAGCAGGGUAGACAAAGGAGAUGCAGUAGAUGUGGUGUACUUAGAUUUUCAGGCCUUUGACAAGGUGCGGCACAUGAGGCUGCUUAGCAAGAUAAGAGCCCAUGGAAUUACAGGGGAGUUACUGGCGUGGGUAGAGCUUUGGCUGAUCGGCAGAAAAGAGAGUGGGAAUAAAGGGAUCCUAUUCUGGCUGGCUGCUGGUUACCAGUGGAAUUCCACAGGGGUCGGUGUUGGGAUCGCUGCUUUUUAAGAUGUAGGUCAAUGAUUUGGACUAUGCUAUUAAUGGAUUUGUGGCUAAAUUUGCUGAUAAUACAAAGAUAGGUGGAGGGGCAGGUAGUGUUGAGGAAACAGAGAGCCUGCAGAGAGACUUAGAUAGUUUAGGGGAAUGGGCAAAGAAGUUGCAAAUAUAUACAAUGUUGGAAAGUGUAUGGUCAUGCACUUUGGUGGAAGAAAUAAACGGGCAGACUAUUAUUUAGAUGGGGAGAGAAUUUAAAAUGUAGAGAUGCAAAGGGAUUUGGGAGUCCUUGUGCAAGAUACCCUAAAGGUUAAGCUCCAGGUUGAGUCGGUGGUGAAGAAGGCAAAUGCAAUGUUGGCAUUCAUUUCUGGAGGUAUAGAAUAUAAGAGCAGGGAUGUGAUGUUGAAACUAUACGGCACUUGUGAGACCACACUUGGAGUAUUGUGUGCAGUUUUGGGCUCCUUAUUUUAGAAAGAAUAUACUGAUAUUGGAGAGGGUUCAGAGAAGUUUCAGGAGAAUGAUUCCAGGAAUGAAAUGGUUACCGUAUGAGGAACAUCUGACAGCUCUUGGGCUGUAUUCCCUGGAGUUCAGGAGAAUUGAGGGGGGUGGGGGUAUCUCAUCGAAACAUUCCAAAUGUUAAAAGGCCUGAACAGAUUAGUUAUGGCAAAGCUAUUUCCCAUGGUAGGGGAGUCUAGGACAAGAGGGCACGACUUUGGGAUUGAAGGACGUCCAUUUAGAAUGGAGAUAUGGAGAAAUUACUUUAGUCAGAGGGUGGUAAAUCUGGAAUUUGUUGCCACGAGUGACUGUGGAGGCCAAGUCAUUGGGUGCAUUUAAGGCAGAAAUAGAUAGGUUCUUGAUUAGCCAGGGCAUCAAAGGGUAUGGGGAGAAGGCAGGGGAGUGGGGAUGACGGGAAGAAAUGGAUCAGCCCAUGAUUGAAUGGCAAAGCAGGCUCGAUGGGCCAAAUGGCCUACUUCUACUCUUAUAUCUUAUGGUCUUAUGGAGUCUACGAAGGGGAACCUUGUCAAAUGCCUUAAUAAAAUCCAUAUACAACACAUUCCCUGCUCUUCGUCAAAUUGUUUUGUCACUACAUUGAAGAAUUCAUUCAGGCUUAUGAGUCACAUCCUGCCCUCUCAAAGCCAAACUGACUAAAACUAAUCAGACUCUGCUUCUCCAAGUACUUGUAAAUACUGUCUCUAAGAACCAUCUUCAAUAAUUUGCUCACCUCUGAAAUAAGACUCACUGGUCUAUGAAUCCCAGGAUUAUUCCUACUCCUUGAACAAAAGAAUGACAUUUGCCACCUCCCAAUCAUCUGGUAUUACUCCUGUGGCAUGUGACAAUGCAAAGGUCAUCACCAAAAAAAACGUACAGCAAUCUCUUUAUUCAUUUCCCAUUGUAACCUGGAGUACAUGUUGUCCAGCCUGGGUGACUUGUCUAUCCUAACAUUUUUCAAAAAUGCCAACCCAUCCUCUUUCAUAACAUUGAUAUGUUCUGGUAUAUUAGCCUGUUCUAUGCUGUCCUCACAUUCGUCAAGGUCUCUAUCUUUGGUGAAUACCGAAGCAAAGUAUAGACUAAAGACCUUCCCUGCUUCCUCUGACUCCAGGUACAUUUUUUUUUUAUCCCUGAUCCUUACAUCCUAAAGCUUAAGUAUGCUUCUUUCUGCACUGUAAUUAAUUCUCACAAUUUCAGUUUGAAUCCUGUCAGAUUUUUGUUUGAUAGUUACUACGAACCUGAUGGAAUCUUGCUGCUGGAUUCAGUUCAAGUUUAUUGUCACUUCAGUUGUACACAUGUAUACCACCAAAUGAAACAACGUUCCUCCAGACCAAGGUGCACAACACAGUACUGUACACAUAACUCUCAGACAUAAUGCAUCAAUAUUACCACAAAUAAGUAGGUGCAUUUACCACGCAAGACUCAGCACUGACUCUUAAUAGUUAAUUAGCUUAUUAUUGCCAAAUAUGCCAAAGUACAAUGAAACCUAGGAAUUGCACACUGAUUAUACAGGUUAAUUCAUUACAACAGUGCAUUGAAGUUGUGCAUGGUAAAAUGGUAACAGAGUGCAGAAUAAAAUGUUCCAGUACGGAGUAAGUACAAGUAGACAGGUGCAGGGUCAUAACGAAGUUGAUUAUGAGGUCACAAGACUAUCUUAUCGUAUUAAGGAGUCUUCUGUGGCCAUAUUAACAGUGGCAUAGAAGCUGUCCUUGAGCCUGUUGGUAUGUGCUCUCAGGAUUUUGUGUCUUCAGACUGAUGAGAGGGCAUGAAGGGACAAUGUCCAAAGGGUCUUAGAUUAUGUUGGCUGCUUUACCAAGGAAGCAAGCAGUAAUUAGGCACUUCUCUGAUAUAAAUAUGAUAAAUUUAAUCAUAGCCUGUGUGUGGCAUCCGACCACGAGUCCUGACAAAAGAUUGCAAGGACUGCUGAGAGGUACAAUGGGGUCCCUCUUCCAUCUAUGAAAGAUGUUUAUCUAGAGUGCUGCUUACGUAAAGCCCUUAGCAUUGUCAAUGAUCCCUCCUGUUCAUCCAAUAAUUCCUUUGACCCCCCCCUACCAUCAGGCAGGAGGUACUGCAGAAUUAGGGCAAGACCUCUUCGGAUGAGGAACAGCUUCUUCCCCCAGGCUGCAUGACUACUGAACUCCCUGCCACCAGCCAGGUCUCAUCACAUUUGAAGCGCCAGUAGCAUUAUACUGUUUAUGUUUCAACUUGUAUAAUAUGUACACAUUAUUUGUUAAUUUAUUUGUGGUAAUAUUACUUAAUGUGUUAUGUGUGUGAGUUGCAUGUGGUCCAGAGGAACGUUGUUUAAUUUGGCGGUAUACAUUAAUGCAGUUGAAUGACAAUAAACUGAACUGGAACUUGAACUCCUACAGUGUUGCUUCCAACUUGAUUUUAGUUGAUAUCAUUAACCAAGUCUGGGUUUCAUGUGGCACUAGCUGAUUCUGCAUUUUUAAUAUUAAGAAAAUGGACUAUUUUAAGCCUACUGCUUCAGUGCCACUGACAUGAUUAGGUAGUAAUAGAAGAACUUGUAGAUCUUCUGAAAGGUCGGUGCAAUAAAAGUGAAUUAUU